GCGGCUGCUGCAGUGGGUUAAUGAUGCGGAGGUCGAUUAGCGCCGCCUGGCUCCACCACGCUGGGAGCAAUGGACGCCUUCGACUUGUUUCGGAAGCUCGGAGCAGGAGCAAAGUUUGAUUUGAAGAGGUUUGGCCAGGAUGCCCAGCGCUUUAAGGUAGUGAGAGCCAGAGGAAACGCGGCGUUCACGGACCGUCUAUCUGGCAUCGAUUAUUUCGGCACCGGGGCAGCCAAUGAAGACCAGAGCGGCUGUGGGCUGGAGGAGAGGCAGGAUGAAGAGGAAGAGGAGGAUGAGGUGGACAGUGACAGCGGGGAAAGUGAAGUGGGAAGCAAAAGGAAACGAAAGCUGGAGGAGAGAGCCUUAAGAAUGAAGAAGAAGAAGACGACGACGGAGGAGAGAGGAGGAGGAGGCCAGGUGGAGACAGAGGGAGCUGCUGCUGCUGGGCCACAGAAGGAGACAGGAGGAGAUGGAAUCAGCUGGACCUCCUCUCUGGACAGAAAGAUCCAGAACCUGCCACAGGAAGGGAAGGAAAGAAGCUCACAGAAGAGGCUGAAGCAUCUUCAUCAGGAGAAGGUGAACCGCAUUCGCGCAAAGAACCGCAUCAACGUGCACGGCUGCGACGUGCCGGACCCCGUGUGCACGUUUGACGAGCUGCAGGCUGAUUACGGCCUUCACCCGCGGCUCCUGCACAACCUGAGAGACGCAGGACUGAACUCGCCAACAGCCAUACAGAUGCAGGCCAUACCACUGAUGAUGCAUGGCCGCGAGCUGCUGGCCUGCGCUCCCACAGGAUCAGGGAAGACUCUGGCCUUCUGUCUCCCACUGCUGGCUCACCUGAAACAGCCGGCCAACCGGGGCUUCAGAGCUGUGAUCAUCUCUCCAACCAGAGAGCUGGCCAGCCAGACCUACAGGGAGCUGCUUCGUCUCUCGGAGGGACUCGGAUUCAGAGUUCACAUCAUUGACAAGGCCUCCCUUGCAGCAAAGAAAUACGGACCUCAGUCAAACAAAAAAUAUGAUAUUCUCGUCAGCACUCCAAACAGGUUGAUCUUCCUCCUCCAGCAGGAUCCUCCAGCGCUCGACCUCAGCACUGUGGAGUGGCUGGUUGUCGAUGAGUCUGAUAAACUGUUCGAGGACGGUAAGACCGGCUUCAGGGAGCAGCUGGCCACGGUGUUCCUGGCCUGCUCCAACCCCAAGGUGCGCCGAGCUUUCUACAGCGCCACCUGCACGGCAGACGUGGAGCAGUGGUGCCGCCUGAACCUUGACAACCUCGUGUCUGUCAACAUUGGACACAGGAACACAGCAGUGGACACCGUGGAACAGGAGCUGCUGUUUGUCGGGACGGAGAACGGCAAGCUCCUGGCCAUGAGGGACAUCAUCAAAAAAGGCUUCCUGCCUCCCAUGUUGGUGUUUGUGCAGUCGAUAGAUCGAGCACGGGAACUUUUCCACGAGUUGGUGUACGAGGGCAUCAAUGUCGAUGUCAUCCAUGCAGACCGCACACAACAGCAGAGGGAAAACGUAGUGAACAGUUUCCGCUCCGGAAAGAUUUGGGUGUUGAUCUGCACAGCUCUGCUGGCCAGAGGAAUCGACUUCAAAGGAGUCAACCUCGUGCUGAACUACGACUUCCCCACCAGCGCUGUGGAGUACAUCCACCGGAUCGGACGUACAGGCAGAGCCGGACAUCAGGGGAAAGCGGUCACUUUCUUCACCGAGAAUGACAAACCACUGCUGCGCAGCAUCGCUAAUGUAAUAAAGCAAGCUGGCUGUCCUGUGCCUGACUACAUGGUGGGCUUCAAGAAGAUACACAGCAAGGUGAAGCGGCAGCUCCAGAAGAAACCUCCCAAGAGGAGCACCAUCUGCACAACUCCUCACUUCUUAAUGAAGAAAAGAGGCAAACAGCCCCAGCAAGGGAAGAAAGGACGAGAGGAAGAAGCGCAGAAAGGAGAAAAUGGACCUAAAAAAACUGCAGGGGUGAAGAAAGGGGGGAAGAAGAAAAAUGAACAGGGGGUGAAGAAAAGGAAAAUACAGAAAGAAGGAGGGACAGAAAAGCACAAGAAGAUAGAGAAGAAGAUGAAAUCCAAUCCCUCUGAAGCCAAGUCAAAAAAGAAAAAGGUGAAGAUAAACAAGCCGGCAGGAAAAUAAGGGACUGGACAAACUGUCUGACAGACGGAUCAAAUGCAUAUGCAGACAUUUCUGAUAUAUUAGUUGUUUUAUAUCGCUAAUUUCCACAUUUGUGACAUACACUAUUUCUGGCAAAAUAAAAUAAACUGUUUUCUAGUUAAAUAUGUUUUCUCUUUGUUGUCACAUUUGUUAACCUGUAACUUUGAUGGAAUGUACAACAGGCUGUGUGUAAGAGGACAAAUGUUUCAAAAAAGAUGUUUCAAAAGGCUGUCGUAAAUGGUAAUGUUUUUGUUGAACUUCAAGAUUUCAGGGAAUAUUUAAGAUAAAUAAAAAUGAAUAUGACAAUACCCACAAAAUUGGG